UCUAACUCACCCACGCAGACAACUCCUCAUUUUCUCUAAUUCUCUGAAUCUCACUCACACAAUUCACCUAACCGGCCUUGCUCACUCAUCCACUGACUGAAUACCUCACUCAAGCCGCCUGUACUUCCUUUCUCUCACUCUGUCGGCCGCCACUGGUCCUUCCUUUCUCUCACUGCUUUCUGUCGCUGUCGGUCCUUCCUUCCUCGUCUCAUCUUGCCAUAGCCGCUCUUCCUCAUCUGAUAAUUCUUUUGCAGAAGCCAAAAAAAAAAAAAAAAAUGGCUUCGAUGCAACAUUUGGGACGAACCAAGAAUGUGAUGAGAAGGUCAAAGAAGUACUUAGAAGAAGCACUUUACCACAGGCUUUUUAAGGAAGGCAGCUCGGAAAUUAGUGUGCGGCAGCAGCUGAAUCAUUUCCUCAAGGGCUCCAAGCGUGUGUACAAAUGGGAAGUUGAUGACACUCUUAAGAUGCUUCGCAGCCGUAAGCUCUAUUACCCUGCUCUCAAGCUCUCUGAAACGAUGGUGACUAAGCGGGGCAUUAAUAAGACAGUUAGCGAUCAGGCUAUUCAUCUUGAUUUGAUUGCCAAAGUUCGAGGGAUUCCUGCUGCAGAAAAUUACUUCAUUGAUCUUCCUGAAGCAUCAAAGAACCAUCUCACUUAUGGUUCUCUUCUCAACUGUUACUGUAAGGAAUUGAUGACUGAAAAAGCAGAAGCUCUAAUGGAAAAGAUGAAGGAACUUAACCUUCCUUUAGGUUCCAUGUCUUAUAACAGUUUAAUGACUCUUUACACAAAGAUUGGUCAGCCAGAAAGGGUACCAGACAUCAUACAGGAAAUGAAAUCAUGUGGUGCCAUGCCAGAUUCAUACACAUACAAUGUUUGGAUGAGGGCUUUAGCUUCUAUGAAUGAUAUUUCUGGGGUUGAAAGAGUUAUUGAGGAAAUGAAGAGAGAUGCCGAAGAUGCUGAUGAUUGGACAACAUAUAGCAAUAUGGCAUCAGUUUAUGUUGAUGCUGGCUUGUUUGAGAAGGCAGAAAAAGCACUUAAGGAAUUGGAAAAGAGAAAUGCCCACAGAGAUCUUUCUGGUUUCCAGUUUCUAAUUACAUUGUAUGGCCGAGUGGGGAAUUUGCAUGAAGUUUAUCGAAUAUGGCGUUCAUUGAGGCUGGCUUUUCACAAAACAGCCAAUAUAAGCUAUCUGAAUAUGAUUCAGGUGCUAGUUAGCUUGAAAGAUUUACCAGGAGCAGAGAAAUGCUUUAAAGAAUGGGAAUCGGGUUGCUCUACUUAUGAUAUUCGGAUUGCAAAUGUCUUAAUGGGAGCUUAUGCUAAGGAGGGUUUGCUAGAAAAAGCUCUAGAGCUCAAGGACAGGGCCUGCAGGAGAGGGGCAAAGCCUAACGCCAAAACUUGGGAGAUCUUUUUGGAUUAUUAUUUGAAAAACAUGGACAUCAGGCUGGCUGUUGAUUGUGUGGCCAAUGCAAUUUCUAUUGGCAGAGGAGAUGGUGGAAAGUGGGUCCCAUCAUCUGAAACGAUUGGGAUAGUGAUGAGGCAUUUUGAGCAAGAGAAAGAUGUUGACGGGGCUGAAGGUUUUGUGGAGAUUUUAAAGAAAGCUGUGGAUUGUGUAGGAGAGGAAGUGUUUGAAUCAUUGAUCAGAACUUAUGCAGCCGCUAGAGUGACAAGUCCUUGGAUGCGUCACCGUUUAAAGAUGGAAAAGGUGGAAGUGAGUGAGGCGAGUAAGAAAUUACUCGAGGUGAUUACCAUGGAGUGAGUUUUCUCAAUUUUAUUGUUCUGUAAUUCCAAUUCCGGUACAAGUGAUUCUGAAUAGCUUUAAUUAUCUGUUUUUUUUUUAAUAAAAUGCAAUUGGUAAUUAUCAUGUUGAACCGAUAGAUAGUAAUAUAGUAUGGUCCAUCCAAGUAUAGUAUGGUCCAUCCAAGAAUGAUCCUUUCAUUUAGAUUUUUUGUUUUGUUUGAGAAAAUAUGUGUUCAUUCAUAUGUUAUGAGAUACUAUCUCU